UGUAUCCUAAACCCUGUUUACCCCAGAAAGCUAGAAGUGUGCAGACGGCCAGGAGCGAGGAGGGAGAGAGGGGGGUUUUGUGAAAAAAAUUCAGACACAAUAAAACUCCGAUGGGGAGAGAAAAUAUGUAGCAGGCGGAGGAAGCAGCCGCGGCCUCGAGCAGGAAUUGCAAACUUUAACCUGCGCGAACUUCUUUUUCUCCGCCUGCACAAUCUACAACUGCUAGAGACGCCGCCGGACAAGUUCAGCAAGUGAAGGGGACAUGGCACGUUUAACGAAACGGCGACAAGCAGAUACAAAGGCUAUCCAACACCUUUGGUCAGCUAUAGAAAUCAUCAGAAACCAGAAGCAAAUUGCUAACAUUGAUCGUAUUACAAAAUAUAUGUCUCGGGUUCACGGUAUGCAUCCCAAGGAGACCACACGUCAGCUUAGUUUAGCGGUGAAGGAUGGCCUUGUGGUCGAAACCUUGACAGUGGGAUGCAAAGGUUCAAAAGCUGGCAUUGAGCAAGAGGGAUACUGGCUGCCCGGGGAUGAGAUUGACUGGGAGACAGAAACUCAUGACUGGUAUUGUUUUGAAUGCCAUUUGCCUGGAGAGGUGUUGAUAUGUGACCUGUGUUUUCGGGUGUAUCAUUCCAAGUGUUUAUCUGAUGAGUUCAGGCUUAGAGACAGCAGUAGUCACUGGCAAUGCCCAGUUUGCAGGCUCAUUAGAGCUUUAAAUCAGGUUGAAGGGACUGAGGGAACUCAGGUUUUGCAAACUGAUGGGGCCUCCAGAAUUCAAUUGCCAAUUGUUUUUCAUCAUAUCAUUUACAAAGAUUUAGAUGUUUGUGGGUGUGUUCUUUUUACAGUGGACAGUGAACAAGCUGAUAUAGCCAGGAUGCUUUACAAAGAUACCUGCCAUGAGUUGGAUGAACUUCAGCUUUGCAAGAACUGUUUCUAUCUAUCAAAUGCGCGUCCUGACAAUUGGUUCUGCUAUCCUUGUAUACCAAAUCAUGAACUGGUGUGGGCCAAAAUGAAAGGCUUUGGAUUCUGGCCUGCAAAAGUCAUGCAGAAAGAAGACAAUCAAGUUGAUGUUCGCUUUUUUGGCCAUCACCACCAAAGGGCCUGGAUUCCUUCAGAAAAUAUUCAGGAUAUCACCGUUAAUAUACACCGGCUACACGUAAAACGUAGCAUGGGCUGGAAAAAAGCAUGCGAUGAGUUAGAGCUGCAUCAGCGUUUCCUUCGGGAUGGCAGAUUUUGGAAAUCCAAAAAUGAGGAUAAAGGAGAGGAAGAGGCAGAAUCAAGCAUUUCUUCCACCAGUAACGAGCAACUAAAAGUUACUCAGGAGCCAAGAGCAAAGAAAGGAAGACGCAAUCAAAGUGUGGAACCUAAAAAGGAAGAGCCGGAGCCUGAAACAGAAGCAGUCAGUUCAAGUCAGGAAAUUCCCACAAUGCCUCAACCCAUUGAAAAAAUUUCAGUCUCGACCCAGACUAAGAAAUUAAGUGCCUCUUCCCCUAAAAUGCUGCACCGGAGCACCCAGACAAAUAACGAUGGUGUGUGUCAAAACAUGUGCCAUGAGAAAUACACCAAAAUCUUCAGCGACUUCAAGGAUAGAAUCAAGUCUGAUCACAAGAGAGAAACUGAGAGAGUUGUGCGAGAAGCUAUUGAGAAGCUGCGUUCAGAGAUGGAGGAGGAGAAAAGGCAGGCUGUGAACAAAGCCAUUGCAAAUAUGCAGACUGAGUGUGACCGAAAGACAAAGCAGGUAAAGGAGAAAUGCAAGGAGGAAUUUGUAGAAGAAGUUAAGAAGUUAGCCAGCCAGCACAAACAGCUGAUCUCUCAGACCAAGAAGAAACAGUGGUGCUACAACUGUGAAGAAGAAGCUAUGUAUCAUUGCUGUUGGAACACUUCCUAUUGCUCCAUCAAGUGUCAGCAGGAACAUUGGCAUGCUGAGCACAAACGUACCUGUCGUCGGAAAAGAUGAAAGCUUCCUCACCUCACCUGUUGCCCUGAUUCAGUGCUUUUCUCUUAACACAGCAGGUGCUGGGUAUCGUCUCUAGAUUUUCAUGUUGGUUUCCAAGAGGUCAGAAUUAAUGUGAAUUCACUCCCCAUUAUGAUUAAUUCUUAUUAUUAUUAUUAUUAUUAUUAUUAUUGCACCAGCCUUGAAAACACUUUUUAGUAACAAAAAAAAUUUUUUUUUGCACAGUUAAAUUUCAGUCAAAUCUUUUGACUCUCUGCUUCCAACGGUCAUCACCUUAUGGCCCUCUUCCCCCUUUCUUUUUGCUGAAAAGGUAAUUUGAACCUCAGUUGGAGCACAUUACUUUUUGAUAAAUUUUAACUGAGGGGGUUUGUUGCAUUUUCAGCAAAUUAUUUUUUAAAAAAAGGAUUCAACAAAACAAGGAAAGGUGAUAGGAACAUUUUCAGGAGACCUGAAUGUAAUAAUGAAAUAGAAAAAAAACAAAACCUUACUACCUGGAUAUAAGAGACGUUAAUAAUUCCAAAUGGUUUUCUUUAGCUUAAUUUACUGCUUGAACGCAUUAUCUAUUGGCUUAGGUAUACAUUUGAAUUUUGGGAUCAGGGUUGACACAGCAGAUGCUAGUCCUGCCACUUUUUAAUGUUCUUUUUCCUAAUUGUGUUUGUUCUAUUAUUAUUUUUCUUCAUCAUUUAGCUUUUAUAAUGAAAAUAUUAGCUUUGAUCUUAUUGUUUCAGAAAUCACCAGGGACUUGGGUGGGGUAGUAGGCUGAGCCAGAUUUUAGCGGGGAGGGGGGGGAGUAAUAUUUAAAUUUUAAAUUUUUGCACAUUUCAUCCUUCUAAUACGAAUACUUGUAAAAAGAAAGCCAAAAACUGAAAGAAAGAAGAAAAAAACACCCCCACAAGAACAGAUCAAUUUUACAUUUCGUCGUAUAUGGAGUUCAAAGGUUUGAGGCAUGGAAAGAAAAGGCUUAAUAUUUGCCCUGCCCUUUUUAACCCCUUCCAGCCCUUUGUCCCCCAUUUUUAUCUUUCGAAACACUAGUUGAUUAUUAAUCUGAUUUAUGCACUCAAAUAAGAAAUUAAGUCCGAGGGAUGGGGAAGCACUUAAGUUUCACAAAAGCAGUUAUGUCUGUAAUAUUUGGUUAUUGCCAUUUUUAUGCUAGAAUGAAGAAUAAUGCAUGUUAAUUUUCCUGUAUUAAAGAUGCUGUGAUUUGUAAAAAGUUUGUCUUUUGCGGAAUGUUUGGAUAAAGAAGUGCUACCAAUAGGAAUGGAUCGAUAGUUGAAAAGUGUUUUUUUUCCUCCUUCUCUUCCCUCCCUUUUUUGUUUAUUUUAUGUAUAGGUAUAUAUAUAAAUUUAUAUAUAUAUAUAAAUUGCAUCCAUGUUCAGAGACAUUUUUUUUAUGCAAGGUGUAAACUUUAUUUAACCAGCUUAUCUUCUAAUGCUCUUGCCAUUGUAGGGUUCUUUUCAAGAUGGUCUUAAAAUUCAACCCAAUUCCCCCUGGACAUUCUUUUUCCAAGUUCAAACAAAGUAAAUUGUAAAUAUUUAUGUAGACCUUGGAUAUUUAUUGAAAGUGAUAAUACAAUGAAUCAUACGAAUGGGAGAAAAGGAUUUUGGAAAGAAAUUUCUCUGAAGUUUGCUAGGGUCAAUCAGAAGAUUAAAUUCCUAUUAAACUUUCUGUAAUCUAUUGCUAUAGUCUAGAGCAGGGGUUAGUCAACCUUUUUAUACCUACCGCCCACUUUUGUAUCUCUGUUAGUAGUAAAAUUUUC